AUGGCUACGAACUGUGAGAUCACCAUCACCGGACCGCAGGAGGCGCACACGAAAAGCAGCCUGAUCGUGGUCUCGAACAGGUUGCCGUUUGUGUUGAAGCGUGACUCCAAAACGGGCCAGCUGAGUCGUCAUGCAAGUGCCGGAGGAUUAGUCACCGCGGUCGCGCCGGUCGUGAUCAAGGGCAAGGGACUGUGGGUUGGUUGGUCCGGCAUAACGCUGACGGAUGAGAACGAACCGAUCCCGGAGUCGGACCCAUCGGACAAUACGCCCACUGCCGGGUUGCUUUCGGAUCAGGUCGUUUCGGUGAACGUAGAACCAAAGCUGUUUGAUAGCUACUACAAUGGGUGUUGUAAUGGGACGUUCUGGCCGCUGUUCCACUCGAUGCCGGGAAGGGCCACGUUCUGUGCUGAUCACUGGCGAUCGUACUACGAUGUGAACAAGGAGUUCGCUGCCAGGACGAUCGAGGCUCUCGAGAAGGCUGUCAGCAAGAACACCCAUCAGGGUGUGCCAUUGAUCUGGAUUCACGAUUAUCACCUGAUGUUGGCCGCGAAUUGGAUCCGUGAGGCUGCUGACGAACGGAACCUUCCGUAUCAGAUUGCGUUCUUCCUGCAUAUCCCGUUCCCACCGUGGGAUAUCUUCCGGUUGUACCCGUGGUCGGACGAGAUCCUUCAGGGCAUGCUGGCGUGUGAUAUGAUUGGGUUCCACAUUCGCGAUUACUGUCUCAACUUCGUGGAUUGCUGUCAGCGAAAUUUGGGAUGCCGUGUGGACCGGAAGAACCUGCUGGUUGAGCAUGGUGGACGUUCGGUGCGUGUUCGUCCACUUCCGAUUGGCAUCCCGUUCGAUAGGUUCGUCGAACUGGCGCAUUCGGCGCGUAAGGUGAUCAACACCAACCAGAAGAUCAUUCUCGGUGUGGACCGGUUGGACUACACGAAGGGGCUUGUGAACAGGCUGAAAGCGUUCGAAGUGCUCCUUGAGAAGCAUCCGGAACACCGGGAGAACGUGAGUCUGCUUCAGAUCUCGGUCCCAUCCCGCACGGACGUGAAGGAGUACCAGGAACUGAAGGAGGAGAUGGAUCAGCUUGUGGGACGCAUAAAUGGACGUUUUACGACGGCCAACUGGUCCCCGAUACGCUACAUCUACGGUUGUGUCGGUCAGGAAGAGCUUGCCGCCUUUUACCGGGAGGCGUCCGUGUGUCUGGUGACGCCGUUACGUGAUGGAAUGAACCUAGUAGCGAAGGAGUUUGUAGCCUGUCAAAUCAACGAACCACCUGGUGUGCUGAUUGUGUCCCCGUUUGCUGGUGCCGGUGAAACCAUGCACGAAGCGUUGCUUUGCAAUCCGUACGAGUUGGAUGCCGCUGCUGAGGUGAUACACCGUGCUCUCACAAUGCCGGAAGACGAACGCACGUUGCGGAUGUCUCGUAUGCGUCGUCGCGAGAUGCAGAAUGAUGUGAACAGUUGGAUGAGACAGUUCCUUAAGGCGAUGGGAUCGCUGGAAGAGGAUGACAUCGGUACUACCACGAUGCAGCCGGUGACUGUGGAUGACUUCGAUGAUUACUUGUUGAACUACAUCGGGUAUAAUCAUAAGCUCGCGCUUUUGCUCGAUUACGACGGAACGUUGGCUCCGAUCGCGCCUCAUCCGGACCUGGCAACGCUUCCGCCGGAAACGAAGAACGUCCUGCAGCGAUUGUCGAACCACUCGGACGUGUACAUCGCCAUCAUCUCGGGGCGUAACGUGGAGAACGUGAAGCAGAUGGUCGGAAUCGAGGGCAUUACUUACGCCGGUAACCACGGGCUGGAGAUACUGCAUCCGGAUGGCAGCAAGUUCGUGCAUCCCAUGCCAAUCGAGUACGAGGAUAAGGUCAGCGGUUUGCUGAAAUCGUUGCAGGAUUCGGUAUGCGGUGACGGUGCUUGGGUGGAAAAUAAGGGACCUCUUCUGACGUACCAUUACCGUGAAACUCCGGCCGAGUUGCGUCCUGCUAUGGUGGAAAAAGCACGUCAGUUAAUCAUUCAGUUUGGGUUCCGUGCGGCCGAAGCGCACUGUGCGAUUGAGGCAAAACCACCGGUACAGUGGAACAAGGGACGUGCAUCGAUAUACAUCCUGCGAACGGCGUUCGGUGUGGACUGGAGUGAGCGUAUUAAGAUCAUUUACGCUGGUGACGACAUGACCGAUGAGGACGCCAUGAUGGCUCUCAAGGGUAUGGCGGCCACGUUCCGCGUUACGAACUCGCAGAUCAUCAAAACCUCCGCCGAACGGCGUCUGCCCUCGACCGAUUCCGUGCUGACCAUGCUGAAGUGGGUUGAGCGGCAUUUCAUGCGUCGUAAGCCACGUGCCAACAGCUUGACGUAUCGUGGCAAGAAGAAGGACUGCGUAAAGAUGCAGAUGGCUUUCGAUUUGGUGCCGAAUACCAGCGCCGCUAACAGUGCCGCCAGUAGUUCCGAUGAGCGCGACUAAUCGCUGUCCUCUUGGGUACUCUAGAAGUGGCAAGAUUUGCACCACCGGCCUUAGUUCCCGUUGUUAUCCGCAGUGACAAUCUGCUCUAGUUAUUUCUGCUUCCAAAAGUAUCGUUAACAUUUGUUUCUUAAGUUGUUGCUUUGUUUGUUUGCUAAAAAACAAUUCAAACUUUCUGUCUGUUGGAAGCAUGCUAAAUUGUUUCAUGUGAAUUAGCGUCUAAGUUUUACGAUUGCGUAGCAGCGAUGAUGUGAGAGCUGAGGAAAACAAUGAACAUUUUGUUUCAGGAACAUCAAUGAUAUUCGUACACCGUGCUUGUAGGGUUAGGUUAGUGAAAUAAAUUCCUAGUGGUUAUUAAGCAAAACGAAUAAAUUGGUUGUGUUGGCAGCCACCAAAAAUUUCCAAUCCAACAGAGGUAUUGUUGGAUGCAAAAAC